GGUCCGAAAUCAUAAGACCCAAAUCGAAACUUUUCUCCCUCUAACCCAGUUUCCUCUUUAAAACCUGAACCCUCACUCUUCGAGCUCCAUCGCUCCAAAGGCGCCUCCUUUCCUCUCCUAGCUAAAAUCUCAGCAACCCCGAGCACAUGGGUUUUCUUCUCAAAGCUCCACCCACCAACUGUUCGAUGUAAUUCCCCUGAGAAAAACUCUCAUGCUGUGGCCGCCAGAUGAUUUGCGCUUCUCACAAAAUUUGUGGGCAUUCUCGAUUUUUGAUGGUAAAGUCACUCGCACUCUCCUUUUCUUGCUUCUCCUCCAAAACCCAGAUCACAAAUUCAUCAGAAUCUCGCGAAGUCUCCAACUUGUUCAAGUUGCCGUCUCCUUCGUUCGCUGUAUCAUCUCGCAGGCUUAAGAGAGUUUUGAGAUCCAAUAAGUGGUCAGAGUCAGUAGAGAUGGAGCUGGGUAAGCUUAAUGUACAAUUGAAUAAUUAUGUGGUUAAUCAGGUGUUGAAGAGCUUGUCGGAUUCAGAAAUGGCCUUCCGCUUUUAUCUCUGGGUCGAAUCCCGCCCGGGCUUUAAGCAUGACCACUUCACCACUAAGUCUAUCAUCGUUUUGUUGCUGAAAGAUCAGAACUUUAAUCUUUUAUCCCAAGUUUUGAGUAGAAUAAGAGAGAAUGGGUUUUCGAUGCACCGUUCUUUGUAUAGGAUUCUUGUAUCUGGUUAUGUCAAAACCGGCAUGUUUGAUCAUGCGAUAGUUACUUUUGAUGAGAUGGUUGAGUCAGGUUGUCGAGUAUUUAGUGUAGAUUACAAUAAAUUCAUUGGUGUAUUAGUUCACAAUUGUUGUUUUGAUUUGGCGGAGAAGUAUUACGAUAUGAUGAUCCCGCAAGGGUACUCAUUGAGCUGGUUUACUUACUCAAGAUUCAUUUGUGGAUUAUGUAAAGUAGGGAAUAUUACGUUAGUUGAGAAGCUGUUAGAUGAUAUGAACGAAACAGGGUGUGUUCCGGAUAUUUGGGCAUAUAAUACAUAUUUAGAUUCUUUGUGCAAAGAGAAGAGAUUAGAUUCUGCUAUUGGAGUUUUGAACACUAUGAAGAAGAAAGGAAGAGAGCCUGAUGUUGUUACAUACACGACAAUCUUCAAUGGUUUGUGUAAUGUUAGAAGAUUCUCAGAUGCGGUUGAGCUUUGGGAUGAAAUGGUGAAGAAGGGAUUUAGACCUGAUGUUGUUGCUUGUCAAGCAUUGAUCUUUGGUUUGUGUAACAAUGGAAAGGUCGAGAUAGCUUUUGAGAUAAUGAUGGGAAUGAUCAAGGAUGAAAUUAAGUUGACUGUUUCAAUUUACAAUGCUGUAAUAAGCGGCUUCUACAGAGUUGGCAGCUUUGACAAAGCCCAAAAAAUUGAUUCUUUCAUGCGAAGGAAUGGGUGUAAGCCUGAUGUUGUUACGUAUAACAUCCACUUGAAUUAUUAUUGUAAUAAUGUUAUGUUGGAUGAAGCUCAUAAUUUGAUGGAUAUAAUGGAGAUGGAGGGCAUAAAUCCUGACAAGUACAGUUAUAAUCAGCUUCUGAAAGGCCUUUGCAAGGCCAAUCGGCUAAGAGAGGCCUAUGCUUUGAUUGCUACUGAGAUGGAGGGCAAAGGAUUUUGUGAUGUCGUUUCUUGCAACAUUCUAAUUGAGGCUCUCUGUAUGGCAAGGAAUGUGCAAACUGCAUAUAAGUUAUUCGAAGAGAUGGGUCGUAAAGGAAUAGAUCCAGAUACUGUGACAUAUGGCACUCUCAUCAAAGGGUUCUUCAUAAAGGGACAUCAUAAAAAAGCUAAGGAACUUUUUGAUCAUAUGGUUAAUGCUGGGGUAGCCCCCAAUGUUAAUGCAUACACUACUAUGGUACAUUACUUAUGCAAGUCUGGCCGUGUAGACUUCGCUUGUAAAUUAUUCCAUGAUAUGAUUGAAAAGGGUAUCUCUCCUGAUGUAGUUUCCUACAGCGCUCUUAUAAAUGGGCUUUGCAAAGCUUCUAGAGUGACAGAAGCUAUGGAUCUGUAUGAGGAUAUGAGCAACAGGGGCUUGUCUCCAGAUAACUUGACAUAUACAUUAUUAAUUGGAGGACUUCUACAAGAGAAGAAGGCGGUGUUGGCCUGUAGGAUCUGGGACCAUAUGAUGGAGAAUGGCUUUACUCUGGACAAGAUGAUAUCAGAAAGACUGAUUAAUGCAAUGAAGUUGAGGACUUCAUAAGUAUGAAACUUAGAGAAGCCUUGAGGAAAUCAGACAGUCAAUUGCAUGUGUGUCUGAUCUCCUCUCACCUUGCAGAAUCUGCGAGAAUAAAAUUGAAAAAGACGUGGUCAGCAAUGCACCAACUUUGAGAAGAUGCGGCAUCUUCUGUAUGUGCUUUCUUGGUACAAGAGAAGGCUCAUGAGGAAGGAGGUGAAGGAGAUACCGACAUAUUUUUUUAUGGAUACUGCAAGGGGAUUACCCACUCUGCAAGUGCACAAAAGCAAGCAACAGGCGCAAGCAUUGAAAUGUUGUGGAUAAUGAACAUCAUUGCAGUAUUGUCCAGGCCCUAACGAGAUCGCGGUUUUACUGGUGCUAAUCUUUUGAAAUCUUAACUGCAUGAAGAUUGAAUUUACAUUAUUUGCCUUGUCAAUGCCAAACAAAUAAAUUAAUAAAUGCGUGAGGAAAGAAAUAAAACGACAUAUAAAUUACAGUGAGACUAUGACGGAAAGAUUGCUUUUACACAUUGGAAAUUAACGUUGCAAUACUGUAUUGAUGUAAUUGUUGGAUUUAAUCUAAUAAAUCUAUUUGUGGGC